AAUGUGCGAGUUCCAAUCGGCCUACGUCACUUCUUUCAGUACAGAGGUAUUGCGUCAGCAAGGUCGUCUACUGGGAAUAGCCAGCCGGGGACGACCGGUGUUCCGUCAGUGCGCCGCCAAGGUCACGCAGAGGACGUGCCAGUGCGCGCUUUAAAAGCGAUGUUGCAGGGCAUCUGCCGGCAGGUCCCGUCGUGCGCUGGUGCGAGGGGGUUGCGGUUGCACGUCUGCGGCAAAGGUGGUCGGAAGGUUAAACCAGGGUCUGAGCAAUGGGGCAACUAUCCAACAGCAGAACAUGAUGUGACCCUAGGUCAUGAGUUCUGUGGUCUGGUGGUUGAGAUUGGUGCUGAUGUCAAGACCCUGAAGGUUGGCAACAAGGUGACUGUUGACCCCUACAGAGGAUGCUACAAGUGCCGAUACUGCGCCGGCGGCAACCCGCAGUUCUGCAUGCACGAGGGCCCGCGGAACGCGCUGGGCUUCUUCCUGGACGGCGGCUGGGCCGAGUACUGUGUGGCGCCGGCGCAGCAGGUGCACAGGAUCUCGGCGUCGCUCAACCUGGGCCUGGACCUGGCCUGCCUGGUUGAGACGCUCUCCACCAUCCAGCACGGCAUCGACCGCAUCGGCGUGGUGCCGCACGACGCCAACGUGCUCAUUAUCGGCGCCGGCAUCAUCGGCAUCCUGUACGCCUGCAUCUUCCACCUGCACGGCCACAAGUCGCUGGUCGUAUCGGAGCCGUCGGCCGAGCGGCGCGCGCGCAUCGAGGUGCUGGAGCUGGGCUACCGGGCGCUGACGCCCGACCAGACGCGCGAGGUGAUGACCGAGGCGGCGCGCGACCUCGACCACGACGGCCUUGACUACGUCAUCGACUGCUCCGGCUACGCGCCGGCCGUGGAAGAGGCGUUCCAGUGGCUGCGCAAGGGCGGCCAUCUGUGCAUCUUCGGCGUGGCGCCGCCCACCGCCAAGAUCAGCAUCUCGCCCAAUCAGAUGUUCCACAAGGAGCUGACGGUGCUCGGCACGCUCACCAACCCCUUCUGCUACCCCAAGGCGACGGCGCUGACGGCCGCGCUCGGGCAGCGCUACCUGUCCUAUGAGAAACUGGCCAUCGAGACGUUCGAGUUGGACCAAUAUGAGACUGCGCUCAGUCGACUGGCCAGCGGCGUCAUCUCCAAGGCCGUCUUCAAGUUUCCCGAGUAGGGGAGGUUUGGUGAAGCGGCGACCGAUGAGGCAGCCCCUAGUCAAAUGUAUUUAUAUGAAUGUUGUAAUUGUGCUGUGUCACCUGCAGGAUCAUUUGAUACUGGCGUUUUUUCUCGUUAGCGUACGCUCUUGUAGCUUUGCCCUGUAUCGAGCCACUUUUGAACCUUAUUGUUGCCCGUACUCAAGUCAUUUUUGAACCUUAUUAUUACCAAAGACCUGUUGAGCUUUACAGAUCGUGCUGAUCUCCUGCGCUAGAUGUUGAGUGAUCGCGGUGGUACGAUCCGAUCCGAUCAUGGGCGCCACCUGAUUUGCCAGUCACGCAGUUUGCAAUUGCAAUCCACAAGUAUGCAAGGAAUAUACCGAUACGAAAUACUC